AUGCAGCCAUCAUCAUCCCUGCAUAUACCGGAAGAGAUCAUCUUUGAUGUCUUGUCUAAACUACCUGUGAAGACCCUGGUUCGAUUUUGUUGCGUAUCCAAGUCCUGGCGAAACCUUAUAACCUCUGAUCCUGUUUUUAUCUAUUCUCAUCUGCAAAAGUCCCUUAAAAACGGCAACAACAACCCUGGCGAAAUCAGAAAUGUCCUCCUGGACACUCGUGCAAUUUGUCCGCGCUCUUCUUCUGACCUCCCUAUGACCCGUGCUCUAGGUAUCAACUGUGACUGCCCUAAAAGCUUUGUUCCAGGUGUCAAACAAUUGACAGAGCAAUUCAGAGUUAAUCCUGGAGCAGAUAUUAAUCUCUGCAGGCUAAUAUUUGUAGAAGGUCCCUACUUCUUGGCAGGUUGCUGUGAUGGUAUAGUGUGUUUCUUUAACCGCUGCUAUCGUAUCGGCAAACUUAGCAUCCAUCUAUGGAACCCUGUUUUAAAUCAAUGCAAGACUCUUCCCUGGAUCGAUUGCAUCAGAUACUGUAUAAAGCAUGAUGUCUACUUUACCCGUAAUCCGGUUAGCCAUGAUUACCAAGUGGUGAAAAUUUCACAUCCAGAAGAAGGCUGCUUCAGGGUUCAAAUAUACAGUCUAGGUAACAAUUCCUGGAAACAGAUUAGUCCAGAUAUUCUUCCUCCUCCUCACCAAAAUCUUGCAGCGUCCCCUUUGGCGUAUAGAUGGAAUUUAGUAGUUCAUAAUGGAUUUGCUCAUUGGUGCGCUCGGAAUCAAAUGGAUUCAAAACUUUGCUUGAAUGUGUUGGACAUAAAUCAGGAAAAGAUUCGACAAUUAUCGCUACCGGAUUGCCUACCCAAUUUCAAGUAUCCUACUCUGGAAGAAUUUGAAGGAUGUCUUGCAUUUUCCGAUCUUGGACAUGGAGGUUCUGAGCUGUGGGUGAUGAAGGAACAUGGUGAACAUAUGUCUUGCAUAAAGCAUAUUAAGGUUUCAGAGAUCCAUCCCCUGCGCCAAAGAACAACAGGGCUAAUAGCAUCAGGGCAGCUUUUGGCAGCAUCAAAAGAGAAGGCAAAUGGUCUAGUCUUGUAUGACCCAGACAAACGGUGUGUUGAGGAACCUAUGGAAAAAGAGUUGAAAUGCAAACGUUUUCUUGAUUCUCAUUAUGUGGUUGAUUAUGUCCCAAGCUUGGUUUCUGUUUUCCUUGGUGAAGAUAGGGACUUCCAAGAUUUUCAGAACUCUAGCUGCAUUGAAAUCUUCAAGAGACGCCUGGAAGAGGAAAAAAAGGAGAAUAUGAAGAAUAGAUGUUCUUGUACACGUUGGACAUUCUUGCCGGAAUGUUCCAGUGUUUUGGGUCUAGAGUUGAAAAGGAGGUACAAGUUUAAAUGA